GUUCUUCUCUCGACCUCACAGUCUUGUGGUUUCUAUCACAAUCGAGUAUCUUUCGCCAUUCGUUCAGCUUGCUCCCCUUCCCUUCCACACAUGCUAGAGAGCCUUGCUUCAACCAGGGCGGCCAGCGUACUCUAUGAAAAGAUUGAUCCACUAAUAUCCAUUGAGAAUAAAUUGAGUACUUGCACUAGUAUUUGAGGAAAUAGCUGAGAAGGAAGUCACUAAGCAGGCAGAAUGCUUAGGUAGCUCAUCGACUGUAGGGAAAUCGUCACUGGCGCGGAGCUAAACCAUGUCGACGUUGGAAGACUUGUUGACAGAUGGUGCGCCGUCAGAGCUACUGGACCCUAUAACGGAAGUCCUGCUUCGUGACCCGGUUCAAAUCGAGGAUGAGGUCUUUAGCCGCAGCACCUUGGUAGAUCUGGGAUGGAAGCAUCCAACCACCAGGGAUACUCUUUCGCCGGGUGAUAUAUCGUCGGCGGACCAGGCGGCCGCCAAGGUGGAACGCUACAUCGCCGACCGGCUGCGCGAGAAAAUCAAACCCCUGCUGCUGGACAUCGACAAUGAGCGUCAGCAGGAGAGCGACGUGGACACGCUCCUGGAGCUGCUGAAGGCGUUUGAGCGCCGUGCCAAUCUCCAGUGUGUGCGCGACGCCUGCUCAGCGCUCGCCGGUCGUCUGGACACGCUGCGACCAUACGAGUUUGACACGGUCGCGGAGCUCGCGUGCAACUCGCUGCUCGCCGAGAAUGCCCUGGACACGUUGCUGACGUUCUGCCGGCAGCAUUGCCAUAGCAACAACAUCCUAAUGACGCUGGACAUGCGCGCCAGGCACCACACCGGUGUGAGCGGUGGUGACGCGGGAAUAUCCAUGUCCGUGGAUCAGCUCGAAGAUUUCUCGCCGCAGCCCUCGUCCGGUGGUGGCUCGUCCUACACAUACUCCGGUGGUGGUGGUGGCCGUGGUUACGACGUCAAUACAUACUCUGGCGGUAGUGGUGGCGGUGCGCCGUCCACCACCGGCUAUGGCGGCACGGCCGGUAGUCAUGGUUACGGGAAGUCGUCUCUCAAGCAAGUGCAAGCCGGGCAGCAGCAGCAGCGUCGACAGCCAGCGUCAUCGGCUGCGUUUCCGUCAUCCUCCAACUCUCCCAUCCGUCCUCUCAUGAGCAGCACGGGUAACGGUCGUCACUCUGCUCAUAACGCUGUGCCCCAGCAGCAACAUCAGCCACAGAAGCAGCAGGCAGUGCUCGAAGUACACGAGCUCCAGCUGAAAGGCAUGCCGUUGGAUAUCGACCCGCAGCAAGUGACGCGUCGUGUUCACAAGUACAGCCGUGACCUGUCCAGCUUCACCGUGUCUCGCUCAGCUGACGGCAUGUCCUGCGUUUCUCUCAAGUUUACAUCGUAUGACAGCGCCUGCGAGGCCAUGCGUCUACUACUGGGGGUGACGUUCAGCGGAGUGCGUCCCGACAUGACUCUGGAGACCAGAAAGUCCUCCUCACCCCCUCUAUCCCGGCCGCCACCAACAGCCGCCGCCAGCAGCAGCAAUGCCACCGCCACCACAGUUCCGCCGCGUGUUCACAGCGCGCCCGCGGCCAAAGCACCCACGCUCACGUCCGCUCACACGUCACGCCGCCAAGACGUCAACAUCGGCCGCUGGAUGUACAGCGUGUGGAUGGGCAAUCUGCCACGUCCCGUCUCGCCGCUCUACCAGAAGGAUGUGGUCGCGCUGCUGGCAAGUCACCAUAACAGCGUGCUCGGCGUUCACGUGCACGCCACGCCGAAGGGAAAGUACCUGUUCAUCGAUCUCGACUCUGAGCGGGCGGCCCGGCAGGUGGCUGGCGAGCUGCGCGGGCGCAUGGCCGGGCGGCGCGAGAUCGCCAGCAAGUUCAGCAAGAAGCGCCUGGUGUACCGCGCGGGGUCUGCGCACCGCGCCCCGCUCAACCUGGUCACGCUCUACGUCACCAACAUCGCCACCGUGCAGCUGGCCUCGGGCUUCCUGGCCGACCAGUGCCCCGCGGCGCACGCCAUCGACAUACCCAUGCCGUUCAAGCGCAUGGCCUUCUUCCAGUUCGUGUCGCGCGCCGACGCUCAGCAUGCGCUCCGGUCGAUACGCACCCUGCAGGCACAGAGCGAUGACGGUUGCGGCGGCGCCGACGAACUGUGCAAUCUCGACCUGGUCGUCAACGACGACACGCAGGACCUGAUAGCCAGCGAUCGGCUCACCGACAUCUAUGAGAUGGUACGUGACUGGGACGAUAUCCAGGCCACCGGCGUCUAUCCUAGGCCUAAACCGUCGCCAGUCCAGCGUAGCACAGCCACCAAUCAUCAGGCGCAGCAGCAGUAUCAGCAGCAGAAUCCGGUUCACCGACUGCAGCAGCAACAACAGCAGAACAUGACCAGCGGUAUGGAUGACUUUGAUGACGAUGACUGGGCGCAGGAGGUCGACACUGGCGCGCUACCGCCGCGGCAGGAGUUGCUCCGUACGCAUGACGCAGAUAUAUUGACCAGCGGCAGCAGGGGCAGCAGCAAUGUACCUGUUCACCCCGUCAACGGUCUGGCUGGCGGUGACGAGGAGGUGUACCAAUCCGACGAUGAUGACUUUCUCGACUUGCCAGGCGUGGACUACUCGUCGGCAGGAACAGCAGAGUUAGCCGCCGAUAUCGGCGCCAUGAUGGUGGAUGACGUGGAUCCGUACGCGAUGCCGGACUUCGCCGGCACUCUGCAUCAGCAGGUUGCAGCGAUGAGCACCGCUCCACUGUCCUCACACCCAACCAGCGGCGGCCUCAGUGACGUUCACUCCCCUGUCUCCUUGGCAACCAGAGCCAGCAACAGCGGCAAGUCUAAUGUCUGCGUCGAAGGACAGGCGCAGCAGCGUGAGCCCAAGUUCACUGCCAUCUUCUCAACGAAGUUCCAGAACUUCAAGUGCUUUGCGAGCCUGAGCCAGAUUCAGCUGGGCUACCUGACGAAGUUCUUCCAUCACCAGCGCUCUCGCGCCCUCGGCAACGCGUUCAACCGUCUGCAGGCGAGGCACGGGUCGGUGAUGCAGUUCGACAAGACCACCAACAAGUACUUCUUCCACUCGCGGGACGAGCAGGCGGUGGUGGCGGCGGCGCGCGACAUGUCCACCUUGUCUCAACUGCACGAGAGCAGCAUACACAUGUUAGCCCACCAAUGCCUACUGGAGCACCUGGAAAACGACGUGGUGCCGCGCGUCUGCAAGCAGUACCAGGUGUACGCGCAUGUGCGCUCCGCCAAGCACUCUGGCUGCAAGACGUGCGAGGCGUGCGCAGCCCAGCCCGACCUCGCCUACAGUCAACAGCACCCAGCGCUAAAGUGGGACAAGCACCAGUUUCAUAUCGUCGUAGCCGUGUGCGGGGACCAGGAGAGGGUCGCUGCCGUUGAGAAGCAGUUUCUGUCCUAUACGCCACUCAACGUGUCGUUUAGCUUAUCUCCCACGCGUAUGGAGCAGCUACGCCAAGCUGCCAGCCAUCGUCACGGCUCGCUUGCCAAGCUGUUCCAGCACCUGGAGGACAAGUACGAGGUGGUCGUCUUCCACCACGCAACCACCUUCCUGGCCAUCAGCGGACUGCUCCGUGCCAACGUACUGCGCUGCACCACGGACGUCCAGGACCUUGCGGCACGUGGGUGAUCACUCCCCACACCCCCCCCCCCCCACCCCUCGUGCCCUAGUCCCCCGGGCCAUUUUAAAUAAUUUUGGCUACGGACUUCCGGGGCGGGGGCUUCAACCCCUCCCAACCAGCCCGCUCCCAGGGACUGACCCUUGGGCCAUAUAUUUAUUUGCCCCGGGGGCCAACUCAUGUAUGAGUAUUAGAUGGCUGCCUGUUUCCUGUAUCGGUUGCAGUUGUGGAGAGUAAAAAGCCCCGGAUUGACUUGCAGCAACGUUCACAAAUGGGACAGUGAGCGGUACGGCAUGCUUUCCGUAUACAUGUACAUAGCCGUACAGGUCGCACACACACACACACACACGCACACACGCGCAACCUCCCCAGCCCCCCCCCCCAUAUACACUGAUUUGUUUCCCAUCCUGUUUCCCUGUCUCCUGCGGCCGUUAUUUUUUUAAUAGGAAUUUUGUUGGGAUUCUGGCCGCUGGGCAUAUAUUGACCAGGCAUGGGAUGGGCUAUUCUGGUCAUUUUGUUUCGCACGCAAUGAACCAUGGGGAUGCGAGUUAGGAUUUUGGCGGCGCGAGAGCCGUAGGAUUCUUGCCUGUAAGCAAGGCGACGACAAGGGAGCGAGAAAGACAAAAAGGAAUAGGCGUGAAUAUCGUGCUGCGCCCGGCACACCUGUGAAAUACGCCCUGUUUGCCCCCCGCCCUGUUUGCCCCGACUUCGCCGUGCCCUACAAGCCCUGGAGUUUUGCAGCCGAGAUAUUCUCAUACCCACGGCUUCAACCACAUAGCCAUAUUUCUGGCUUGUGCUCAUUUUUUUUACGCGUAGAUUCGGGCAAUAUAUUUUUUUUCCGUUGCGUGAAUAGAUAGAGGUGUGAUUUCAUAGCCGUCUAGUCACUCACUUCAUAGCCGUGUCCGUUUGUUCAUCCUUUGCAGCCGCAGUGGCGGCAGUGGCAGACUGGGUUUCUAUAUUUUGCAACAUAGACUGUGACACAUUAUUGUUGUUUUUUGAAUUCUUUUUUUCUUUUUGUUGUUGUUACGCUGCCGUGUUGCCAGGUAGUGUUUUAUUUUAUUUUUUUUUUAGUUUGUGUCUGGUUCUGCCGCCACGUAUUCCAGGGAUUUGCGUGCCUUAUUUUUUCGAUAGUUUUCGCCUUAGUUUUCUCAUUCUGGAAUUCGGUUUUCAAAGGCCGGGCCCGAGCUUCAGUGGCCCUGCACAAGACAUUAACACAUAUACAGUAAUUUAGGUAAGGAUGGGGAAUUCCCCUAUGUCUCGUGUGCACAAUUCCAUACUCGACUAUACUAUUAUCUACCUGGGCUUGCUGUCCAGGUUGCCUAUGCUCUCUUUAUUAGUUUCAGAGGAUUUUCUCAAUUGUGACGCACCGGUUUUGAACCUUCACAAUACGACUAUUAUGGUCAAUACUAAAUUGGUAACCACCCUGUG